GUAGACAUUUCACCAUCGUAAAAACAAUUGAAGUUCAUAAAUUCGGGAAAUUUGGUGAAAAAUCGCAAAAAAAUGACGAUUUUGUGUCGUUUUGGGUUGUUGAGCAUCUCCAAAGCCUGCAGCCACAAAGGAUUAUUCAAUGUUGCCUUGCGAACGAUCUCUGUGAGUUCGACGCAAAAGACUCGCUUGGCUGAAGUGGGCAAAUUGGAAACGCCAAAGUCCCAAGGCAAAUACGAAACAGGUCAAUUGUUCCUCCAUCGAGUCUUUGGGUAUCGUGGCAUCAUCUUGUUUCCGUGGGCAGCGCGCGUUUACGACAGAGACAUUCCCAACAACAGCAAGAAUGUCGAAGCGAAUGCCGACUCAAAUCAUCCGCCAUCCAGCAAGGAAGUUCAACGCAAAACCCACACAUUUUACCAAGUGCUCAUCGAUCAGCGGGAUUGCCCCUAUAUUCGAGCACAAACCGAAGCAGUGACCUUUUUAGGAAAUCAAGAGUCUUCUCGCAGCUUAUAUGCGAUCCCUGGCUUGGAUUAUGUCGCGCACGAAGACAUUUUGCCGUAUCUCGCCUCGGAAAGAACUCCUUUGCAACACGAAUUAUUCGACAAAUUUCUCGCUUUCAAUCCGGAAAAGGAGACGUUCGAAGCGCAAGACACUCUCAAAGCGUGGCAACAAAAAAACCAUCCAUGGCUUGAACUCUCGGAUGUGCAUAAAGAGACGACUGAAGGCAUCCGCGUUACUGUGAUACCGUUUUAUAUGGGAUGUCGCGAAACGCCCGCCUCAAGUGUUUAUUGGUGGCGUUAUUGCAUUCGUUUAGAAAAUUUGGGUGAAUUGACGGUACAGCUUCGAGAGAGACAUUGGAGAAUAUUUUCGUUGUCAGGAACAUUAGAAACAGUGCGUGGCAGAGGCGUUGUUGGGCAAGAACCUGUUUUAAGUCCUCGUUUACCUGCGUUCCAAUAUUCAUCACAUGUGUCUCUCCAAGCGCCUUCAGGUCACAUGUGGGGCACAUUCAGGAUGGAACGCGAAGAUGGUCACACUUUUGAUUGUCGAUGCCCGCCUUUUAGCCUAGAAUCCAAGCCAGAUACGACGAAUGAAGAGUCUUAAGCAAUAAUUGAGCGAUAUUUGGGUUUUCCAGUGUAACUGAUAAGUUGUGUUUUUGCUGAAUUAAAUCAUAAAAUUCUGUAUAUAUCGAAUAAAUUUAAUUUUCUAACAAUAGGAAAGAAUCGAAAUGGGAUUUUUUUGAAAUGUUUAGAUUUAUUUUAAAA